CGCUGUUCGCAUGCGGGUGCUUCUCCGUUCGAAAGGGGUGCACAAGUGCGUAUUCGCAAUCCUCCUGGGAUUAACGCGAUUGAUCUCGCCGCCGGGGACAGGAAAUGACGUCGUCGUCGUCGGCGGCGGCGGCGCGGAGAUGAUAGCGCGAACCACACCGAUUGCAACAUUGUCGGCGGAUGGACGCGCCAGCCGCUGGAAAGCCCGAAUCCGGAGGAAAGUACGAAGAAGCCGGUAAUCACCGCCGUCGUCAUUAUCGCCGCGGGCGGCGCAGGAAGACUACCGAGUUGACGAAAGUCGACCGAUUCGUGAGGAGGAAAAAGGAAAGAAAGAAGAGAAGUUAAGUAAGUAAGGAGCGUGCAGCGACGCGAGGCAUCGGACCGUCGUCGUUGCGGUCAGUCCAGACGCACGAUCGGAAGACAAAGAAGAAGUGGGAAAGGAAAAAAGGAAGCAGGAGGAGCACCCGUCGGUGGGAGGAAUAAUCGUAUAGUGAGGGGAAAAGUCUCGGCUCGUCACCGAAGACUGGAGACGUGGACGUUAAACGUAGACUACGUCCGGUCACGCAAGCGUCCCCAUGAUCGUCGAUAAAUUCGUCCUAAUCCUAAUCACGGAACCUAUUCAUUCAUCCGAUGGACACUGCCUCGCGACUAGUCGCUCCAGAAAAUACGAGACAUUGAUCGCUGUCGUGAAUUAUUUCGCGAGUACCUCGAACAGAUCGACUGAUUACGCAGCGUGGUGCGUUUUUUAAAUACACUUUAAGCCUCGAGAGUUAUUUUUAAAGAGGCACGAAGCCAACGGGUAUUUAUAUUUUAGAUAAUUCGCGCUUUGGUUACUUCGAAAGCUUCGAAAGGACCAAGAUCAUCCGACAACUAUUCUGGUAUGAUUGAGAAAUUACUAGGUGAGAUUUUUACUUGGGCUACUUCGCGCUUCGAUCGUCCCGAACGGAUUCUUUGACGCAUUCGUUGGAAUCUUCAAUUUGAUUGCCUCACGUUUCGCGGGGUAUCUCGAAAAAAUCCGAUAGAUUAGCCAAGUGGAAUCUCAAUUCUGUUCUACUUAUUCGCGCGUCUCGAAUACCUCGAGGAGAGACUCGACAUCCACCGGUGAAAUUUUUAUCUUUGUGCGAAUAUUCCGAAGGGAUUUGAAGAGCCGUCGAUAGUCGGUAGCAGUGUGUGAUCCCGACGGGAAGUUUGACUUCGAUACAGUGCGGUUUAUCGUUGUUGAGUUUGCGUGAAACUUUCCCACGAUCGUAGAGAACAUCGGAUCUCUCUCGCGAGUGUUGCAAAUCGUGUGGGUGAUCUUCUUCGGGGAAGCUGGACAGAUGUGCACCGUCGUGAAGAUGAUACGUUACAUAGCCGUCGUCGCUUUUCUCGUUGUGUUCGCCAGCAGCGGAGCGCCGGUAUCUUCAAUCAUCUACGCGGACGACAAAGUGCAAAAUUAUCUCAUGAGAUUCGGUUACUUACCUCAGACCGAUUUCGAGACUGGAAAUCUGCGGACGGAGGACCAACUCAGGGAUGCUAUCAAAAAUUUGCAGAAAUUCGGUGGUAUUCGCGUGACGGGGGAGAUCGACGAGGCGACAAAGAAGUUAAUGAAGGCCAGGAGAUGCGGAUUACCGGAUCAGCUCGACGCCAGAUUCGCCAGGACGAGGCAUAAGCGGUUCACCAUUCACGGACAACAAUGGCCGUAUCGAAAUCUCACCUGGAGUUUGAGAUCCGAGCAGCCUAGCGGCCUGGACACGGGCGGGGUUCGGCUGGAGCUAAGCAAAGCCCUCGAUCUCUGGGCCAGGAAUUCCAAGCUCACCUUCCAGGAGAUCAACAGCGACCGCGCCGAUAUUCUGAUCUAUUUCCACCGGGGUUAUCACGGAGAUGGAUACCCGUUCGAUGGCAAAGGUCAAAUCCUGGCGCACGCGUUCUUCCCGGGCAAGGAUCGUGGCGGAGACGCUCACUUCGACGAGGAAGAGAUAUGGACGCUGGAGGACGAGAGCAACGAGGAAGGCACCAGCCUGUUCGCGGUGGCCGCUCAUGAAUUCGGCCAUUCCCUGGGAUUGGCGCACAGCUCGGUCCAAGGUGCCCUCAUGUAUCCCUGGUACCAAGGACUGAGCCCCAACUACGAGCUGCCGGAGGACGACCGCCACGGGAUUCAGCAGAUGUACGGGGCUCCUGAAGGCAAACUGUGGGGCAAUAUACCGGGUGGUCCACUGCCACCAGAGCAACCACCACCGCCACCUCCGACGACGACUACAACGACGACGACGACGACGUACAGGCCUUGGAGGACGAGACCCACCAGGCCCAAUCACUAUCCGGACGACGGCAGGCCUCGACAACCGGGUCGUUACCCGCAGAAACCCGACUACCGGCCGCACAAACCCCAUCGGCAUCACACGACAUGGCCGGCGACGACGACAACGACAACGACAACGACAAUGAGGCCCACACCGAGGUUCAGACAUCGGUGGACCCCGCCACAGCGGGACGACGUGCCCGACAAAUGCGACACGAGCUACGACGCCAUCAGCAUCAUCCGCAGGGAGGUCUUCGUCUUCAAAGGACGAUAUCUAUGGCGAAUAGGCGACCAGGGGAUCUAUGAGGGAUAUCCGGCGGAGAUCAGCAGGUUGUUCAAUCUGCCAUCGAGCAUCAAUCACGUGGACGCCGUUUACGAGCGACCGGAUAAGAAGAUAGUCUUUUUCAUUGGUCGCGAGUAUUACGUCUUCGACGCCAACAAUCUGGAGCCGGGUUAUCCAAAACCGCUCACAUAUCUGGGAUUACCGGCUGCCCUGCAGAAGAUCGACGGCGCCAUGGUGUGGGGCCAUAACGGCAAGACUUACUUCUUCAGCGGUUCCAUGUAUUGGAGGUUCGACGAAACUGUUAAUUACGUGGAACUCGAUUAUCCCAGGGACAUGAGCAUGUUCGCCGGCGUUGGGAAUGACAUCGAUGCUGUUUUCCAAUGGAAAAAUGGCAAGACGUACUUCUUCAAAGGCAAGGGCUUCUGGGAGUUUGACGAUCUCAGGAUGAGGGUGGCGCACGAGAAACAGAAAUUGUCGGCGCCAGUCUGGAUGGGUUGUCCACCGCCAGACGUGGAAACCAACGAUAUCGAAACCAACCUACCCAGGAAGUCGAGUAUCCUCUCGGCUUCCGCCACCGCUGCCAUCGCCACAGGAGAAAUCACGCCGAUAUUUGCCACGAUCGUUGUGAGCUUUAUUAUGAGGAUAAUAUACGUGUAAAAACGAGAUCAUAACGCACGUGAUUCCUUCCAGCUGACGACGUGCGUCGGAGAGCAUUUUAUACCUCACAUGGAAAUUUCGCGUGCGAAAUACGAAUACCAGAAAGUUAAACGGAUUUUUGAAGUGCGGACAUCGGUGGAUCGGUGAACACAGGGGAUGGAAGAUUGUUCGUACAUCGAUUGGAGUUUCAAAGCAAUGUCUGCGGCACAUUCACAUCCACGGAAUCAACUUUCGUCGCUGAGCCUUCCCAGGUAGCAAGCACUCGUCAUUUUGACGUCAAUUGACGUCAAGAGACGUCAAAAUGACAGACUUUUGACGUCAAUUGACGUCAAAAUGACGAGUGCUUGCUACCUGGGUUCCGAUGAAGAGAUCGCGACUGUAGCUCGCGAACAAAGCUUCAAGAAUGUAAUCGAAUUAAUUUGCGAAGAAUUCAAAGAAGAUAUAUGAAAUGGUUGACGACAAAUUAUAAAAUUUUGAAAUAUGAUAUUACGAGGAAAAGUUUUUUUCUGCAUACUUUUUACUUAAUUUUUAUCUGGGUGAUAAAAUCGUAUUGACAGUUAAUCUUCUCUCACAAAGAGCGUGUGACUUAGAUCCAUAUCAUCAGUCCUGGAUAAACCGCGCCAUUGUGCUGCGCAAGAGCAUAUUUUUGUAUACUGUCUUUUUACAUGGCCGCAUUUAUAUACGAAGUAAUUAACUUAAGACGUAACGCUUUUAUAUCGCAUGACUGACGAAUGUCGUCAAGUCCUCGAAGGUGCGAAAAGAAACGAGAGGACAUCUCGCAGAUCUUGCGAUAAUAAUUUACGAACUACCACUGCCGAAAAUCCAUCCAACUUUUUUCGAUAUUCUUUUUACAAGAAUUUUUAAAUUGAGAUGGGAAUCCUCAUUCAUACAUAUUCUUAAAAAGCGCCUACUAAUUACGUAGCAGACAGUGCUGAUUGGACUGACUUUAUUCAAUAAUUACUGCCUUAUUAAGUAUUAUAGAAACAAAUUCAGGACUUUUUGAUUCAAUUUUUGAUAAGGAAUACCGCUAUGUAAUAAGUGAGCACUUUUAAAAAAACACGCUGUAUAUCCCUGCUGAGGACUAAUACGCGCCACUAAGAAAUUCCGUGAUCCUUCCAUGAAUCGCGAUGCGAUUAUUAGUUGGAAUCGAAUCUUAAAACGACAAAAUAGUCGGUUCCGACAGAGCACAUAUUUUAUAUAAAUACUGUAUUAAUUAUUGAUACCGUAUAAUAUUUAGCAAAAGAGGACACGGGCAAAACGCAGUGUCGCCAGUUUUGUAAACUGUGAUAUUUAUAUACCGCGCGCGAUCAAGUAGUUAGUGUAAUAUCAAGGAAAAGUAGCACAGAAUCAAUCUCACAGAUUUAUAUACAGCGCCGGUGUAUCUGAGAUGCUUACAUGAACUUUGCGAACGUAUUUUCCGAUUUGUUUCAAGCCGAUUUCUUCUCAGCGUAAGACACUGAUAGUUUUUAAGCGAGUGGAGGUAAUCGAGAGCGGAAAUAAAUAACAAAAUCUCAUUUCGCAUUUAAUUUUCAGUAGACUUCAGGUCAGAAUUUUAUAAAUUAAAGUGUCAGUAACCGAGAAUCUAAAAUAAUAAAAUUGUAAGGGGAAAGAUGAAGGUUAAUUAAAUUUUUGCAAAGGAGAAAUUGACUGUAGUUUUAAUAUCGGGAUCUAUACGUCUCUGCAAAGUUCGUAGUAUUUAUAUUUCCAACGUACACUCCUGUAUAUAUAUAAAUAUAUAAACAUGUUUUAUAAUUAUAUAAAAGUAUACUAUAAGCCGCGCGCGUAUUGCAGAAUGUACUAUGUCCGUGAAGCGCGCAGCAUUGAAACGAAGACAAACGGUAUAAAUGAUAUUAUAUUUGUUUUUCGAUUAACUGUCUUCUGGUUGAGUACCAUUGUUAUGGAGAAGCAAAUGCAUCGGAGUGAUGCGUCCUGCAGUUCUACUAGGAGGCGAGAAUUCCUCCAACCCUCUGUUUAUUCCAAACUUAAGGGAAAAUUAAUGUAAUGUGCCGAUUAUAUGCUCUAUACGUAUUUUAUAUAUUGUCAGUUCGUGCUUUAUUUGUGUAUAUACGAAAAUAAAGUGAUUUUACCAUACACAAUGACA